AUGGCGCGAUCAAAGUCCCCCUCGCCACCUGCGCGCGCAUCGAAGAAGAGGUCGUCGAGGAGAAGUUCCGACGACGAUUCAGACGAUUCAGACGAGGACGAAUUGUUGCGUAAAAAAACAGAGAGAAGCGAGAAACGGAUGAAAAGCAAGACCACUGGAGGGAAAUUGGACUCCAGGGCGGCGGAAAAUGAGAGAUCGAAAGAGGAAGGCGAAAUUCAUCUGGAAGACAAAGGAAGGGUGAAAACGACCGAGAGUGAUGCGAAGAAGACGACAAAACCUUUGGUGGUGAAGAACAACACCAACGGUCGCGCCGGUGGGGCGUACGUGCCUCCGUUUAAACUCGCGCAAAUGAUGCGAGAGAUUGAGGACAAAUCCUCCCCAGAGUACCAGCGAAUCACGUGGGAAGCGUUGAAGAAAUCCAUCAACGGUCUCGUGAACAAAAUCAACAGCUCGAACGUGAAAAACAUCGUCCCGGAGUUAUUCAACGAAAAUUUAGUGCGAGGGAAAGGUUUGUUCGCGAGAUCGGUGAUGAAAUCGCAAAUGGCGAGUCCUCAAUUUAGUCCCGUGUUUGCCGCGCUCGUCGCGGUGACGAAUACGAAGUUUCCGGAACUCGGGGAGUUAGUGGUAAAACGGGUGGUGUUGCAGUUUCGGAGGGCGUUUAAGAGGAACGAUAAGAGCGUGUGCGUGGCGGCGACGAAGUUUUUGGCCAGCUUAGUGAAUCAGCAGGUACGUGGUGUAGAAAUCGUUCGUUCGUUGUUUCUUUUUAUGUUCUCGUUCCCUCGGCUCGUUGUGCACGAACUCCUCGCGCUCGAAUUGUGUACUUUACUUCUCACCCAACCGACGGACGACUCGGUCGAAGUCGCCAUCGAGUUCAUCAAAGAGUGCGGGUAUGCGUUGCAAGAUUUAUCGCCGCAAGGCUCGCACGGUAUUUUUGAACGGUUUCGGGGCAUUUUACACGAAGGUGAAAUCGAUAAACGGACGCAGUUCAUGAUUGAAGGCUUGUUCGCCUUUCGUAAGAGUGGCUUUGAAGGUAAAAAAGGCGUCCCGGAAGAGCUCGAUCUCGUUGACGAGGACGAUCAAAUCGUGCAUGAAAUCUCGUUAGACGACGAAGUGGAAGCGAACGCGAGUUUGGACGUGUUUAAGUUUGAUCCGAACUACGAAGAGAACGAGAAGAAGUACGUGGAGAUCAAGAAGGAAAUUUUAGGCGAGGAGAGCUCUUCGUCCGAUGAAUCCGGGUCAGACGAAAGCGGGAGCGACGAAAGCGGGAGCGACGACGAGGAACCUGCAGUAGCUGCGCCGACGACCACGCAAAACAUCACCGACGCCACGGAAACCAACCUGGUGAACCUUCGCCGAACCAUCUACCUUACCAUAAUGUCCUCUUUAGACUUUGAAGAAGCCGGUCACAAAUUGAUGCAAAUCCAAUUGCAACCGGGGCAAGAAAUUGAAGUCGCGACUAUGCUCGUCGAAUGUUGCUCGCAAGAAAGAACGUUUGUCCGAUACUACGGCUUGUUGGCGCAACGAUUCUGUUUCAUCUCCAAAGAGUACGCCAGUUUAUUCGACGACGUCUUCAUGAAACAAUUCAGCACCAUCCAUCGAUUAGAAACGAACAAGUUACGAAACGUGGCUAAAUUUUUCGCGCACUUGUUAACCACGGACGCCAUGUCGUGGACGUGUUUGGCGUACAUCCAACUCUCGGAAGAAACGACGACGUCGGCGUCCAGAAUUUUUAUCAAAAUCUUAUUCCAGGAGAUGAGCGAACAGUUGGGUUUGAAAAAGUUAAACGAGAAGAUGUCCGAGGAGGACAUGCAGGCGUAUUUCACCGGCGUCAUGCCGAAAGCGCCUUUGAAAAACGUCCGAUUUUCCAUCAACUUUUUCACGAGCAUCGGCUUAGGCGGGUUAACCGACGGCAUGCGAGAACACUUAAAGAAGGAGCAAGAGAAAGAAAGAGAGAGAAGAGCGAACGCUUCCUCCUCCUCCUCUUCCUCCUCGUCGUCGUCGGACUCUUCGGAUUCUUCCGAUUCUUCCGAUUCAGAUUCCUCGUCCUCGAGCGAGAGUAGCGAGAGUAGCAGUAGCAGUAGUAGCGGUAGCGGAAAACGACGACGACGAAAACGAAAGAGUCAAAAAUAG